AUGAAAACUUUUACCACGCUGUCUGGCCACUUUCCCGAGUUACAAGCCUUGGUUUCUUCAAUCCGAAAAUCAUUGUUAUCGCCACAAAGCCCAGUUCUUGCUGUAGAACUUCUGGGCAAAGCAUUAGACCUAUACCCAGAUAUCAAAACCUUGAAAAAUGUCCACUCUAAGAUUUUUUAUCUCAAUUUUCAUGAAAACCCAUCUCUGGGAAUCAAACUCAUGAGGGCCUAUGCUGCCUGUGGAGAACCCAGGUUGGCACGUAAGGUGUUUGAUGAAAUUCCUGACAGGAAUGUUGUUUUCUAUAAUGUCAUGAUCAGGAGCUAUGUGAAUAAUCAUUUGUACAAUGAUGCAUUGCUUGUUUUCAGGGUUAUGGUUAAUGGUGGGUUUAGACCUGAUAAUUAUACCUACCCUUGUGUUCUGAAGGCUUGCUCUUGCUCUGACAAUUUGAGGUUUGGGUUGCAGCUUCAUGGAGGUCUGUUGAAGGUUAGGUUGGAUUCAAAUUUGUUUAUUGGGAAUGGCCUCAUUGCCAUGUAUGGCAAAUGCGGUUGCUUGCUGGAAGCGCGGCAUGCUCUUGAUGAAAUGCAGAGCAAGGAUGUUGUUUCGUGGAACUCAAUGGUUGCAGGGUAUGCACAGAAUAUGCGGUUUGAUGAUGCAUUGGAGAUUUGCCGGGAAAUGGAGGAUUUGAGACAGAAACCAGAUGCGGGUACAAUGGCUAGUCUCUUGCCAGCAGUAACUAACACUUCAUCUGAAAAUGUUUUGUAUGUUGAGGAGAUUUUUGUGAAUCUGGAGAAGAAGAGUUUGGUCUCAUGGAAUGUGAUGAUAACUGUAUAUAUGAAAAACUCAAUGCCCGUAAAAGCUGUUGAUUUGUAUUUACAAAUGGAGAAAUGUGGUCUGGAACCAGAUGCAAUCACUUGUGCUAGUGUUCUUCCAGCAUGUGGGGAUCUUUCGGCUUUGUUGUUAGGAAGAAGGAUUCAUGAGUAUGUUGAGAGGAAGAAACUACGUCCAAAUUUGCUACUGGAGAAUUCAUUAAUAGACAUGUAUGCUAGGUGUGGAUGUCUAGAAGAUGCACAAAAGGUUUUUGACAGAAUGAAGUUUUGCGAUGUUGCAUCAUGGACUUCAUUGAUAUCUGCCUGUAGUAUGACUGGACAAGGCUGCAAAGCUGUCACACUCUUCACAGAAAUGCAAAAUUCAGGUCUAAGUCCAGAUUCUAUCGCCUUUGUUGCAAUUCUCUCAGCUUGUAGCCAUUCAGGAUUACUGGAUGAAGGGAAAUUUUACUUUAAACAGAUGACAGAUGAUUACAGAAUAACACCAAAAAUUGAACACUUUACUUGUAUGGUGGAUCUUUUAGGACGCGCUGGGCGAGUCGAUGAGGCCUACAAUUUCAUCAGACAGAUGCCAAUGGAGCCUAAUGAAAGAGUUUGGGGGGCACUGCUUAGUUCUUGUCGGGUGUACUCUAACAUGGAUAUUGGACUUUUAGCAGCUGACAACCUACUUCAGUUGGAUCCUGAGCAAUCUGGUUACUAUGUGUUGUUAUCUAAUAUUUAUGCAAAGGCUGGUAGAUGGAAAGAAGUAACAUCUAUUCGAUCAUUAAUGAGGAGAAGAAGAAUUCGAAAAAUGCCAGGCAUCAGCAAUGUAGAGCUGAACAAUCAGGUCCACACUUUCCUCGCGGGUGACACUUCACAUCCACAGUCAAAGGAGAUAUACGAAGAGCUAGGUGUGCUGGUGGGGAAGAUGAAAGAGUUAGGUUAUGUACCUGAGACUGAUUCUGCACUUCAUGAUGUGGAGGAGGAGGAUAAGGAAUGCCAUUUAGCUGUUCACAGUGAGAAGUUAGCUAUCGUGUUUGCUAUUUUGAAUACCCAAGAGUCUCCAAUUAGAAUUACGAAAAACCUUCGUGUUUGUGGAGAUUGCCAUAUUGCAGCCAAACUUAUCUCUAAGAUAGUUGAACGUGAAAUUGUUGUUAGGGACACCAAUCGAUUCCACCAUUUUAAGGAUGGUAUAUGCUCUUGUGGUGAUUAUUGGUGA